GAAGGGACUCACCAGCUGGUCGAGAGCGGGCGAUAUGACACAAGGGAAGAUUUUACAGUGGUCGUGCAGCCGUUCUUUGAAAAAGUGGAGAUGCCAAAGACCCCGGAGGGGUUGCCUGACAGCUCUUUCUUCGCUCCUGACUGUUUCCACUUCAGUAGCAAGACUCAUGCCCACGCAGCCCGGGCCCUGUGGAACAACAUGCUGGAACCUGUCAGCCAGAAGACAAGAAGGCAUAAGUUUGAAGACAAGAUCAAUAUCACAUGUCCAGACCAGGUCUGGCCAUUUCUGAGCACCUACAAGAACACUGUGCAGGAUCACGGGAGCCAGCUGCUGUGCAGUGACAGAGCCCCUUCUGCCUCGCCGCCCACCUCAGUGCACACCCUGAGACCUGCAGACAUCCAAGUUGUGGCCGCUCUGGGGGAUUCUCUGACCGUAAGUACUCGUGGGCCCCACGUGGCUGGGGGUGGCUGUGUCAGCUCCAGUUCAGGAGGGGACAGCUACCUGGAGAAGGUGACCACCUUACCGAAUAUCCUUCGGAAGUUUAACGGAAAUCUCACAGGCUAUGCGGUGGGCACAGGCAAUGCCAGUGACACAAAUGCCUUCCUCAAUCAGGCUGUUCCUGGAACAAAGGCUAAGGAACUUUCAAGCCAAGUCCAGACUCUGAUACAGAAGAUGAAAGAUGACCAUAGAGUAAAUUUCCACGAGGACUGGAAGGUCAUCACGGUGUUGAUUGGAGGCAGUGACUUAUGUGACUACUGCAUGGAUUCGAAUCUGUAUUCUGCAGCCAACUUUUUUGACCAUCUCCGAAAUGCCCUGGACAUCCUGCACAGAGAGGUACCCCGGGCGCUGGUCAACCUCGUGGACUUCAUGAGCCCCCGCGUCAUGCGGCACGUGUUCCUGGGGAACCCCAACAAGUGCCCGGUGCAGCAGGCCAGCAUUUUGUGUAACUGCGUUCUGACCCUGCGGGAGAGCUCCCAAGAGCUGGCCAGGUUGGAGGCCGUCACCCGAGCCUACCAGAGCAGCAUGCGUGAGCUGGUGGAGUCAGGUCGCUACGACACGCGAGAGGACUUCUCCGUGGUGCUGCAGCCCUUCUUCUACAACAUCCAGCUCCCCAUCCUGGCGGAUGGGCGCCCGGAUGUGUCCUUCUUCGCCCCAGACUGCCUCCAUCCAAAUCAGAAAUUCCACUCCCAGCUCUCCAGAGCCCUUUGGGUCAAUAUGCUUGAACCACUAGGAAAGAAGACGGAUACCCUGGACCUGGCGGCAGAUAUACCCCUCCGCUGCCCUGCUCAGAAUGAACCCUUCCUGAGAACCCCCCGGAACAGUAACUACACAUACCCCACCAAGCCAUCCAUUGAG